GAAGCCAACAAUAACUAUUCGGUUGCGCGGUAUCUCUUUCGACUAGGCAUAUUCGCCAAAAACGCUAUUGAUCUCAACAAUAUGAAGGGAUGUUUGGUGUUCCAAUCGGUUGGCCGGCACACGUUUUUUUAUCUGGUGACUCUUUUGCACGAUGGGAUCUAUGUGAUGUAUGAAAUCACGAAAAUUGAAAUCCCUAUGUGCAUCUCAGACUUGCCAUCCUAUUUGGGACAAAUUGGUCGACUAAUGCAUGUUCUUACGGUUUACCAGACUAUUGUGUCCCAGCUGAUCAGAAAGACGUUGCAACCUACAUUCAGGAAAAAGGAAAUCGAUGACUGA